AAGUUAAAACAUCGAAACUAUCGAUAGUGCCCGAUGUUUUUGCAGUUCUACUAUAUAUUUCAUUCACCUGGCAACUUUUUACAUAAGUUUUUGUUAUUUACUUUUUACUUGCAUUUGAUUAGAUUUGAUUACUUUAUGUGAGAAUCUAUAUCUUUUUGGAAAUUAUAAGUAAAAAUUCCGAUGGUUGAUUUAGAAUUGGAAAACGAUGCAAUAACCAAAGUUGAUGCCAACGCGACAAUUCAGGAACAAAUUCAAGAACUAUCAAAACGCCUUCAAAAUGUGAACGACGAUCUACAUCAGCAGGUCCGCGAGAAGCAUGGUGCCUUAUUGCAGCAAGCAACACACGCUGGCCGGUUUGAUGUUGCACUCAACAACUUGGCAAGUGAUGUAGAACAAAUCCGUACGGCUGGGCACAAACUUAAGACACAAAUCGAUACCCAAUAUCAGCAGGUUGAUAACCAAACGCGUGUUCUGGGACAUUUACAUGAGUUGUCGCAUUUGCUUCGCUCAGCUGGAACAUUACUAUCAUUGACUGCGAAGUUACGCUCAACAAGGGAUGUUCUUAAACAAGCAGAGAUACACUAUGAACUGGCGCAACUGGUAGAUGAUGAAGAUUUGAAGAAAAUUGAAUUUGUUCAAAAUGCGCGGUCAGAAGUAAUAACUUCACGACAAAAGUUAAGAAAUCUAACACAGAUGCAGUUAGUAACUGGUUUGCAGGAAAGGAAUGAAGCACAAGUUGUCAACUCGCUUAAGAUAUUUAAAAAUUUCAACACAUUGCAAAAGUCGCUAGAGAACUUAGUGGCGACAUUUAUAACUGACUUAGAACAAUCACUGAAAGAGUGUUUCGCUGGAACCGACAUAUCUCUAUUGAGUAAAGUCGAUGCUCAUAACAGCGCAUCAUCGAAAACAAGGACUGCCAUACGUGGUCCUGGAAAAACUCCAAUGCUUACAACGACGCAGAACUUUAGAGCAAAGUUUUGGAAAUCUCUGCAUUGGUUAUUGUAUGAAGAACUUUCAGAAAGUUGCGAACAAGUAAAUCUAUUGAAGCGUAGUUUGGAUCAAAUAAGACAGUUAGGCUUUGAUGCCUCCGAAUCAUACGAUGUACAUAAACAUUUUUGGCAAGCAGUUCAAAAACUUCUACGAAAAUCGUUUGCUGAGAGUCCAGGCCAUGUAACACAAACGUUGCAAGAAGGCCUGGCAAAGUUACUUACGUCAGCGCGUGGGUUGGAAGAACGCUUGGGUGGUGAAUUUUUAUUCGAAAAAGAUAUAUUCUUUGCAUUUGAGGUGGGAUACAUAAGCAAGUGCGCCGCCAAUAUGAAAGCUUCUUUAGCAGGUGUCGAUCUUCCCUCAAAUGAAACAGUGGAUAAUUUUAUUAGAGUGGCAUCAACAGAAAUAAGUGCUGCACUAAUUGAUGCACGCUUAACAAACUCAGUAGCAGCGGUAUUUAUUUCUUGUGGCCGAGAGCUGUGUACGAGGCUAGAAGCACAAAUAAAACUGGGAGCUGAUUCUAAACAAGUAGUCGACAUUCCAAAUUUUCAACAGACGCAGAAUGUGCUCUUGGCUAAUAUUCUAUACUACUAUAAAGACUCAGUGCGACGCAUGUUGUCAGACUUGAAAGUACACUUUUCCAAAUCAAAGACUUCUGCAGAGCGAGACAUUGUCAAAUCGUUGGAACAGUCGAAUAUUUUAAUUAGUACUAUACUACAACAGAUUAUGGAUUCCAUUUUGUCAACCAUAAGUAUUAUAUUGCUUAGCAUGCAUCGUGAACCUGGACUUAAUUCAGAAAAGAUUUCCACUUCCGGACCGUCAAUGUACAUGAAAGAGUUGCAGAAAUUCAUAAGUCGCGUCUGGGUAAACCAUAUCGGUCAUUUCGAAGACAAAGAAAUAGUAUCAAGGUGUGGACACGAAUUGGCCAAACGGUGUAUAGAACUCUUCGUGCACAAUGUAAGUAUUUUACGUCCUAUUAGUCAUGCGGGACGACUACGUUUGAAAAGCGAUUGUGCCCACAUGGAACAAGCGCUUAGGCCGAUUUGCGCCAACUUACCUGAUUUAGGAAACCCUGCUCGAUUAUUGCGUGCUUUGUCGUUCUUAAUAGUGCAGCCACCUGAAGAAUUGGUAAAACAGAGCAUCGGCAGUGAGUCACUGGUGCCUAGCUACAUUGUAUUAUUUCUAUUAUUUGGACAUGCUGGCGCUGAGCUUCAGAGCCCUCAUACUACCGCAAAUUGGUCGACGGAACGCUUAAUCGAGUGGUUGGAGGGUCACACAUCAUUUCGUGAAAAGUUAGAACUAAUAUCUGGAGCCUUGCAACGUUAUCCAGAUCAAGUUAGAAGAAAAAAUAGUGAACAAUACGAUGACUUAUAUCCGCUCAUAGUGGAUUUUUUUGAAAAAUCUAUAUAGGCAUGACCGUUGACUUGCAAUAAUAAAGUAGUUUUUUUUAUUUCAUGGAGAUUUUAUGAUAUAAUGUA